CCAAGAUUCGAUAGUACAUCAGCGCACGUCGUGCAAUCUGAAUAACGAUCUGAUGGCUUCAGCUGCCCGGCCCCAUGUGCUCCGCGUGUUGCUCGCGGUGGCCAUCGCCGCGGCGGUGCCGUGCGCCCUCUCGGACCCGGCGCCGCUCCAGGACUUCUGCGUGGCCGACCUCCAGGCCGCGACGCAGCUCGACGGGUUCCCGUGCAAGGCAGCCUCGGCCGUGGUGGACGGCGACUUCUUCUCCCGCGCAAUCGUGGCCGCGGCCAGCACGCGCAAUCCGUUCGGCGUCAACUCCACACGCGCCACGGUGGCCACGUUCCCGGGCCUCAACACGCUGGGCCUCUCCAUCACGCGCGUCGACCUCGCGCAGGGCGGACUCAACCCGCCGCACUCGCACCCGCGCGCCUCGGAGCUCGUGAUGGUGCUCAAGGGCGAGGUCAUGGUGGGGUUCACGACGGGCACCAACCAGCUCUUCUCCAAGGUGGUCAAGGAGAACGAGCUCUUCGUCGUGCCCCGUGGGCUGCAGCACUUCCAGCUCAACACCGGCGCUGGCGACGCGGUGUUCGUGGCCAUGUUCGACAGUCAGUCGCCUGGCGUGGUCACGCCCACGUUCUCGCUCUUCGCGACGAAGCCGGCCAUGCCGAUAGAGGUGCUCACCAAGACGUUCCUCGUGGGCGAGGACGAGGUCGGCGCCAUGAAAUCCAAGUUCGCCGGCUUCUGACAUUCAAUAUCACAUUAUCACCCGUCUAGCAGUUCAGCUGCUAAUGUAUCACAUCCAGUCACGUCAGUGCGUGUAUUCGUUCGUUUAUGAUUCUGCCAAAAGUGUAAACUGA